CUGCAGCUCCUCUGGGGUGACUAAUAACAUUGUCUUGGGAUAAAAGCACAUUGAGCUGUUUACAGAGAGACGCGUACAUUAUAAAAGGAGGAUGGCUGGCCUGUGGCAGCAGUACAGGCGAACAGCGCUGCAGUGAGGCACGCAGCUCGCGAUUUCAUUCCGCUGUUCACUUCAGCGCAUUUAACUUAGAACCUGCCGAUACUCAUUCCGUAAGGAAAGGAAUACUAUCCGACUAGAAAACCCUGAUUUCUCCUGGAGAAUGGACUUUAACGUGUUCUUUUCCCUGCUCCCUCUGUUGUGGGGACUGCACUUUUCAACAGGUUACCCCCUUGCGGGUGCAGCAGUGACCAGCUCUCCAGGCUCCUCUGCCAGCCAAGUUUCCAGCUCGAUUGCCCGCCGGCUCAGCCGCACCAAGCGCUGUUCCUGCUCCUCUUUUCUGGACAAGGAAUGCAUCUACUUCUGCCAUUUGGAUAUCAUCUGGAUCAACACACCCGAGAGGGUUGUCCCGUAUGGACUGGGCAGUGUCCCUCGGGCCAAACGGUCCCUGAAGGAAAAUUUGUCAGCGCUGGGGCGCCGGGGGCGCCGGUGUGAAUGUGGAAGCCGAGAUGACAGCGUGUGCUACCAAUUCUGUGAAGAUGAGCAACAGACACCAAGAUUUUCAGUCAAAGUUAAAGUACAAAAGCAGAACACAGUAGAAGCUUCAGAUAGAACGGACCAUAACAAACCAAAAUGCACAGGACUGAAAUGUGUUUAUCAUCUCCUUAACACCAUUAAAAGGUUGGAGUCAGCAAACAGCAAACAUUUACCUACAUCAAUGAAAUGGAUAUACAGAAUAAGGAAAGUAAGACAAGACAGUCACGAUAAACUGAAGAGAUUCCCGGUUUCCAUGGCAAGCCCUGUGGCACAAUGCAGGGAUUGCAAGCGCUGACAAACUGCCAGUUAACCAAAGCAAAGAAAACAGCACGUGUUGGCUGCUUCCACGGAAUGGAUUGCCAUUCUGUACUGGCAAGGGACCAGGGAUUGACACUUCAGUGAAGAGCUUGCCAAAACUGUUGGAGGCCAAGCUACAGCCUAGCGUAUGAAAGAAAGACUGACCAGCUGAAUGGAAAUUAAAACAAGACACCUUUUAAGAUGAAACAAAUUUGACUUAAAGUAAAUAAUAUGAUGAAACUCUGCAAUUCAUGCUCACAAACUACAGAAUGGAUGUUGGUUUACCAAAAUGGGCUGAGAUGCAUUUAACAGACUAAACCAAAGAGUUCUCGAACUGAGGAAUGCUGGAAAUCUGAAACAAAAACAGAAAUUGCAAGAGAAACCCAUCAGGUCUGAAAUCAUCUGUGGAGAGAAAGAAAAGUCAAUACUUUGGU